AUGAGCUGGUCCGAGCUGCCAGCCGAUCUCGUAUCGGGGAUCGCCGACAGGAUCACCGAGCACGCAGACCUCGCGCGCUUCCACUCGGUGUGCCCAUCCUGGCGCUCGGCCUCCGCGGCCCAUGCCGCCCGUCGCCGCGUCCCACUGCUUCUCGUCCCCUCCAUCUCCAGCGCCAACCACGGUCUUUGGUCCCACGCCGACGACAGGAUCGUGGAGAUCUCCGUCCCCGCCACCAGCGGUUUCUUCUUCCUCUUCGCUUCGCCGCGCGGCUGGACGCUCGGCGUGACCCACGACGGCGCCUCGGCCAAGCUGCUGCACCCCAUCACCGGCGCGUCGGAGAGCCUGCCCAAGCUGCCGCCAUCGUUCUUCCGCGACGGCGAUCGGAAGAUCCUCCGUGACAUGGUUUGGGAUCGGUCGCCGGACGCGAUCAUGGUCUCGCCGGGAAAGGGCGCCUUCUUCUGUCGGCUGCCCCCGUGUGGCGGCGGCGGAUCGUGGAGUCCGGUCGCCGGGUGCUCGCUGCAGAACGCUGGCCGUGUCAGCAGCAUCACCUACUGCGACGGCACGUUCUACCUCCUGGACGGGAGCACCCGCAGGGUCAUGGCCGUGGACGGCACAACCUUCGCUGUCGCCGGCGGAUAAAUUUCCUCCAGCUCCGCCCCGGUCAUGGUCUUGCCAGCGCGCUUCUGGCUCGAACCCAACUCCGUGCUCGUUGCGUCGUCCGGCGAGCUCCUUCUGAUCGUCAGGACGAGCCUCUUGCUUGAAGUAGUAUAUCACAGCUCGGAGGGCUUUCUCAAGAUCUUCCGCGCGGACGUCCGGGGCCCGGCAGCCGCGUGGUCGGAGGUCACCGACGGCAGCGGCAUCGGUGACCGCGCCGUGUUCUCAUAA